CAGAGCCGGGAGCUUUGCAGGUGGACUGUACACUUGCUGAAGAGGCCCUUGUUCAGACCUGCUGAGAUGUCCGAGGGCAGAUCUCAUAUUUUGGAUUCUGGCUAUAUUAUAACGAAUGACACUUUGGCAUCAGAUGUCAUUGGUCGAAGAGUUGAAGUUAAUGGAGAAUAUGCAACUGUGCGUUUUUCUGGAAUCGUCCCUCCUGUGGCAGGAUGCUGGUUAGGAGUAGAGUGGGACAAUCCCGAGAGAGGAAAGCACGAUGGGAGCCACGAAGGGACGGUGUAUUUUAAAUGCAGGCACCCAACAGGAGGAUCCUUUGUUCGUCCUAACAAGGUAAAUUUUGGAAUAGACUUUCUUACUGCAGUUAAGAACCGCUAUGUGUUAGAAGAUGGACCAGAGGAAGAUGGAAAAGAGCAAAUUGUUAUAAUCGGAAGUAAACCUGUGGAAACCAUUGGUUUUGACUCUGUUAUAAAACAGCAAAGUCAGCUGAGCAAGUUGCAAGACAUUUCUCUGAGGAACUGUGCAGUAAGUUGCGCUGGUGAAAAAGGAGGAAUUGCCAAAGCAUGCCCUAAUAUUAGAAAGGUAGAUUUGUCAAAAAACCUGUUGUCAUCGUGGGAUGAAGUGAUACAUAUUGCUGAUCAGCUCAGACAUCUGGAAGUUCUUAAUCUCAGUGAAAAUAAACUCCAGUGUCCUUCUGGUUCAGCAUCUCUUACCGGAACAUUUUCAGCACUGAAGGUUUUAGUCCUCAAUCGGACGGGAAUAACGUGGGCUGAGGUGCUCCAGUGCGCCUCUGCGUGCCCCGUUCUUGAGGAGCUGUACCUCGGGUCUAACAAUAUCGUCAUUUCACAAAGGCCAACUGAUGUUCUGCAGACUGUCAAGUUGUUAGACCUUUCUUCUAAUCACUUAAUUGAUGAAAGUCAGCUGUUUCUGAUAGCAUAUCUGCCCAGAUUAGAACAACUAAUUCUCUCUGACAUUGGAAUUUCUUCUAUACAUUUUCCGGAUGCUGGAAUUGGGUGCAAAACGUCAAUGUUCCCAAACUUGCAGUACCUUGUCGUAAAUGACAAUCAGAUAUCACAAGUAAGAGUUUCUUCAGAGUAUUGGGUCCACAAGUUACAGAGUCUGCACGCUCUGUCCUGCAUCCGAAACCCCCUGACCGAAGGCGACAAAGCAGCACAGACCACGCGGCAGCUCAUCAUCGCCAAGAUCGGUCAGCUGAGGACCCUGAACAAAUGUGAGAUUCUGCCAGAGGAAAGGCGCGGGGCUGAGCUUGAUUACCGAAAAGCUUUUGGAAAUGAAUGGAAAAAGGCUGGGGGACAUCAGGAUCCAGACAGAAACAGACCAGAUGAAGAAUUUCUCGCAGCCCACCCUAGAUACCAGUUGCUGUGCCUUAAAUAUGGUGCACCUGAAGAUGGGGAACUCAAAAUACAACAACCAUUUAUGCUCAAAAACCAGCUACUAACACUGAAGAUAAAAUGCCCUAAUCAACUUGAUCAGAAAGUCCUAGAGAAACAACUGCCAGACUCCAUGACAAUUCAAAAGGUGAAGGGAUUGCUGUCACGUCUUCUCAAAGUCCCUGUGUCAGACCUUCUGUUGGCCUAUGAAAGUCCCAAAAUGCCAGGCAGAGAAAUUGAACUAGAAAAUGACCUACAGUCCUUACAGUUUUAUUCUGUGGAAAAUGGAGAUUGUCUGUUAGCGAGAUGGUAACAACCAGCUAAUAAAAUUUAGAGACUAGACUGCUUAUCAUGUCUGGGGUUCACCGGAAAUAAAUGAUUUCUUGGAACAAUUCUGCCCAAAAAUGAAGUUUUACAACUUGCCCUAACAAAGGAUGUAUUUUUUGUUGGGAAGAGACCAUUUCUAGGCUUGUAUAUAUAAUAGCAGUAAUAAAGGCCUUGAACCUA